AUUCUGUGUGUUUGCCGUGCCGGAAGUGUUUGCCUCGGUUCGGUUGCGCGCGUCACCGUUCUGCUGUGCACUGUUCCGUGCCCCGUGCACAGACAAACAAAAACCAAACUCGCAACGUUCGCGCGAUCGUGGUGUAUACGCAAGCCGAAAAACAAGGGGGAGGAAAGCACAAAACACAUGCAACGAGAGUUUGUUUUUCCCUUUUGAAUGAAAAGGAAAAUUUGUUUUUCUUUACAAAAAAAAGCGACGCAGCAGUAGUGAGUAGAAAGUGUGUGCUGCGUGUGCGUUCGCAUGCGGGGUGCGGUGUGAUGUAAAAUGAUGUGUUCUGGCCAGGUGUGCUGAUGCCAUAGCUACGUCUUCAAUUGUUUCCAUCAGCAUGCCGCUGUGCGUGGAGACGACGCACAAGUUGCACGGGACGAACGAAUUCGGGCUAAAAGUAAUCACAAAUUGUAUGGCGCUGGUGGCGUAAUGGAGGCGCCCGGUGGUGGAUCUGGUUUAUCUCGGCCCUGCCGAACCACAGUUUGCCGUGCGUCGUCAGGUGGUCGUGUGGAGGCGCGGGAGUGGGAAUGAAAAGAUGAUAAAGUCAGAUCAUUUCUGUUAAUGCGUAUGGUACGGUGAGCAAGCGUCUUUUGAAAUGUGCGACUAGCAAAAUAUUACCAUCCAGUUAGACAGGGGAAGCAUUCCUUUGCUGCUGUUGUUGUUUUUGGUAGUGAGUGGAAAUUGUAACAGAAAGUAAAUAAAAAAUUCCCCCACCCCCCACACAUACACACAUACACAUAUCCAAUCUAAUUCGCUUUAAUGCUAACAUUAACCUUUUUAAUGAGGUAUGAAAUAACCGGCUCUAGACGAGCAUAGCGAAUGGAUUAUUAUGAUCGUAAUGAUCUCAUUCAACCGAAUUGUCGCCGAACGCGCGGAAAGUUUUCUGCAGUAACACUUCCCUAACCAAGCAGCAGCCAUCGUUACCAUCGUCACCGUCAAGCGUCACCCGUAGUGACACCGUACUCUGUGCGUGUGUUUUAGGAGAAUUUGUGUGUGUGUGUGUCUGCGAGUGUGUGCGUAAGUCGACAGUGUGCAAAAUGAUGCAAAAUUCAAUCACUGCUGCUUGUGCUACCGUACCGAGAGGAAGCAGCCGACAUCAGCCGACUAUCACGUGUAAAAGGUCAACCGGAGCAUCUUCGCUACGGUCGUCCUGUCGUGCCGCGCGUACCAUACCCUUCGGUAGCGUGUGUCGAUCGUGCCAGAUGAUUGAAAAUGGGAUGUAGUACAUUUUAUUCCAUUUUUUUUCACUGCCUUCCGGUGAAUAAUUUAUGCCGAGUGUUGAUGCAGAAACACGACGAAAUGUGAACGUAAGAAAAGCUGUUUUUGAACGAAAAAAAAAAAAAAGAUACGCAAAACAUAAUACUAUUCGAGCUCACACGUGUAGCAGACAAUUCGAUAACAAAACGGUUCGAUUUCUUGCACUAUGUAAGCCUACGUUCUAUGAUACAGCGUAGCCACGUGUCGAUUCAAUCAAACGAAACAAAGUAACCGUUGAAAGACCGAACCUGGAGACCGGCGUGUGUGUAACGAGCGUGAAGAAUUCGUUCCAAUCAGUUGUCAGUUCGAAGGUUCAACCGGUAAAAGUAAUUCGUGUUCGUUCGUCGGUGUGUGUGUGUGUGUGUUUAAUUGAGGUGAGUGAUUUUCCAGCAUCGCACAAAAUUCUGCCCAGAUGCGAUUUCGCUCGAGAGAUACACACGCCCUGAAACCGCAAAGUGAAAGUGGUGUCGAAAGGAAGCACCGUAUCUCAUUCAGCAAGCCUGCGGCUGUGCAACACAUCUCCGGCCAGCACCUACACCUCGCACCGGAAGACUAAUUUAACAGCGUACGACGCCGUGACUUAUUGCCGAACGGUUUUCGGCCGCGCAGUCGAUAAACGAUGGCAGAUUGGUGCGAUGGCCGGUGUACCGGUACCGGUGGGUUAUUUUCGUUGCCCGUUACAUCAUUGACCCGUCGUCGUCCGUGCUACAGGUCGUACCGUCGUCGGUACGCGUCACAGCGCCAGUCACAGUAACGCAGCCAGCUGUCCGUACCGUAAAGCAGGGGCAGCGCAAUAGCGUGAAUACUUCUUCAAAACAACAUCACCAACAACUGCAAGCCAUACCAACCGGUGAGGAAUCGGACGAAUUAAGUUGGUCUACGACCGCAUGCGCUGAGUGUAACAGGCCGCGACGACGUCAAACGUCGUGGCCAAAGAAAAAAAAAACCCUCCGACCCCUCAUCUUUACCAUGGGUGCACUCUUACAAAACUUUAGCAAUAGCACUGCUCACACAGCUGACGACCGUUACGGCCCCAACACAUCGUCAGCCCGCGAGCUCGGCAUGGUAGUUCGCACGCACGACGGCACGAUUCCGGCCGUGUCCCUGGCAGGCCUAACCACAACGCUAGGGCUGGACGGGUCGCCGGCAGAGGUGAUGGUCGGGUUCGGUGGGAACGGUUCCGACCCAUCGCAGGACCUCGGCGAUAUGGUCGACGGUUGCCCGAAACCGGACGAUCUGCUCUACCCAAGCAUCUUCGGCAUCGAUCUCGCUGUACCGCAGUGGGAAGCGAUCGGUACGGCACUCAUCCUAACGCUCAUCAUCAUCAUCACGAUCGUGGGAAACAUUCUCGUCAUACUGAGCGUGUUCACGUACAAGCCGCUCCGGAUCGUGCAGAACUUCUUCAUCGUAUCGUUGGCUGUGGCGGAUCUGACAGUAGCGAUCCUCGUGCUACCGCUCAAUGUGGCGUACUCGAUCUUGGGAAGGUGGGAGUUUGGUAUUCACGUGUGCAAGAUGUGGCUUACGUCGGACGUGCUGUGCUGUACCGCUUCCAUCCUGAACCUGUGCGCCAUUGCGCUGGAUCGAUACUGGGCCAUCACCGAUCCGAUCAACUACGCCCAGAAGCGAACGCUCGAGCGAGUCCUGGCGUUGAUUGCGGGCGUAUGGGUGCUGUCGUUGCUGAUCAGCUCGCCACCGCUGAUCGGCUGGAACGACUGGCCCGAGGAGUUCUCGAGCGAGUUCCCGUGUCAAUUAACGAGCAAUCAGGGCUACGUCAUCUACUCGUCGCUCGGCUCGUUCUUCAUCCCACUCGUCAUCAUGACGAUCGUGUACAUCGAAAUCUACAUCGCCACCCGGCGAAGGUUGCGCGAGCGUGCCCAAGCGUCCAAGAUCAAUACGCUGGCGACGCGCAGCAUCGGCAUGGUGGCCGGGAACGGUGAGAAAGAGCUCACCACAACGCUACAGCAGCAGCAUCCUCAGCACCAACAGCUGAUUCACCAUCCGGAUGUCCAGCAGCACGGGCCCGAGCAUGGGGCGAUCCAGCACGACCAAGAGUCAAUCAGUAGUGAAACGAACAACCACAACGAAAUCACCGACACGAGUAGUGCGGGCGCGCUGGCAGGCAAAAAGACAGACGGCAAGAAGAAGGGCCGACGGUUGGGCGCCUACUUCGGGCGGGCGUUGGUCGGUGGUGGUGGUGGCAACCGGAAAAAGCACCACCGGAAGCCGGGCGACGGUGGUCCAGCGGAGGACAGCCAGCACCACCAGAAACAUCGGCUAACGGCGGCGCUGCAUCAGCGCGAGGAAGACUCGGUCACGGACAACCCGGACAACUCCGGUUCGGGCGAAAGUGGUGGCAAAGCACCCGGGCCGGACGCGAAUGUGUCCAGCGCCGGCAACUGUGAUAUUCCGCCGACCGAACCGACGGAACGGUCCCGGAACGGAGCGAACCAUCGGGAGGUCGGCUUUCACGAGUCCACGACCGAGCUGGUGGCGAGUGGGACCGGCGGUAAUGCACCGCCCGCCACCACCCGGAUCGGUGGCCGGUUGAAACAAUCGUUCCGCAAGCCGGGCGGCAUUAAUCAGUUUAUCGAGGAAAAGCAGAAGAUUUCCCUGUCCAAGGAACGGCGGGCGGCCCGUACGCUCGGCAUCAUCAUGGGCGUGUUCGUCGUGUGCUGGCUGCCGUUCUUCCUCAUGUACGUCAUCCUGCCGUUCUGUCCGAGCUGCUGCCCGACGAAUAAGUUAAUUAAUUUCAUCACCUGGCUGGGCUACAUCAACUCGGCGCUCAACCCGAUUAUUUACACCAUAUUCAAUCUCGACUAUCGGCGCGCCUUCAAGCGGCUGCUCGGCAUUAAGCAGUGAGCAUUAAGCGAUGCAUUAUGGUGGCGUAUCGCUCUGUCCCUCUGCUACGGUUACGGUUACGGUAAUCAUUUCCCGGAAAUCAGUUCAUCUUCCGUGAGCGUGUGUCCACUUGACGGGUAAAAACGUGCAUACAAAACAGUAAGGCAAGCAUAAAAAACUCCGGUGCCAUCAACAAACGAUCGGCCAUUACAUGCACACACACACACUACUGAAUGAUACCGGAAUUCAGCACUCAUCACAAGCGGCCACUAAGCAAUACGGCCAGGCCGUCCUUUAUGAAUAAAAAAAAAAAAAAAAAAAAAAACAAGCGGCCACUAAGUGGAACUGCUCGAAAGCUUUUAUGCCACGCAAGUGUCCUUUUUUUUACUUCUCUGCUCACUCUCUGCUUUCCUACUCGUCCUACUUGAGGCAAACAAGAAAAAAAAACGAAAUGCACAAAAUGGAGCUUUUCACUCGCCAGCGCUAUUGAUUUUUAUCGUUCCUUUUUUCUUCUUCUUUUUGCUAAUUAAUCCCCGGGAGAAAUCCGUACAAGAAGUACAAAAGAGGGGUUAUUUUUUUUUUGCUUUGCUUACCCACCGACAACUCCCACCGGCCGCAACAUCAUUUAUUUUAUUCGCCCCGUUUUUCGAGCCCCUGUGCCGGAGUUUAAGCACAAGCAGUUAGGAGACGGGAACAGAAAGCAUCGUUCGGACGAUGGACAGAUAACCCGGUACAAAUAAACAACAAAACUACUGCUUUCUUUUGUCUUAAAGCUUCGAGUCACUCUCGUCGUCAUAUUUCAUUCAAGGGCGGGAAAUUUUCGGGAAAACCACCAGGCGCCUCCAUUGACGUUUUGUGUUGCUCGUUUGGCUUUAUUAGGUUCCACCGUUUCCACUUGAAGUGGCGUCUUUUUUUGCUGCUUUCUUUUGUGGUUAGAGUCCCUGUUUUUGUAUUCACUCAAUGCAACUCCACUCUAAAGUGCCCCCCCCCCCCGGAUUUGUGAUGAAAAUCUUGCCAACGAUAUUCCACCACAUCUGGCUGACUUCCGUAACCCGGAAGCAAUCUUGCUAUUUGGGCGGUCGUACCAUUGCUAGCCCAGAAUUGCUCUUCACGCUUCCUUCGAACGUGGACAAUGCCGAGCAGUUCACGCUCAUUCAACCGGUGCGCUCUUAUCUUUGAUCGUUGGCCAUUUUCUUUUGCCCCGGUGUUACAGGCGGGCACCCGGCCACUGUGCGGACCGCUUGCGGACGGACGGGCGCUUGCAAACGAGUGGCCCUAUUUUCUGCCACUUUUGGUGUUGUGGUUUGCCAACGUUUCCAGCUCUACUGCUCAAGCGAAACCACGACCGGAAACGGAACAGUCAGUUCCGCAGCUUUAAAGCGCUCGCUGCCCACGCCCAGUAUUUUUUUCUUUGAGUGAUGUUUUGAUGCCUCCGAGGUUUGCCCCCAUCUUCACGAAUAACCGGUGUGUGGUGGUGUAAUCAAACCAAUCCAGCCGACAAUAAAUGCCUUUCCUCUAUACUUCUAACCUCACCGAGCCAAACAGACGGGGCUGUUGUUGGUGUGGUGCGUUUCGGAUGAAACCAAACCAAACGGUUCCACAUCCGGUGGAAAACAAAUCCUACGCGCACAGUCCGCCUUGAUGUACGACAACAAUAACAAGCCACUUUGUUCCCGUCACCAGUGAAAAGACAGCUGCACACUCACCGUCCGGUCGCCACAAAAUGGCCGGAGGUGGUCCAUUCUUCAUCACCGUCGUCAGGGCGCUCCGAAAUCGUUCCGACGGCGCAGAGGUGGUGGCGAAAAGAAACACAGUUUCAAAAACAAGCCCCAAGGGUUUGUGUGGCCAGCGCAGAGCGGCCCGCAUACCGCAUACCGCCUCCUUCCCUACAACAAUAGCGCGGAGGGAAAGCAUUUCCAUCCGCCUUGGAAAAUGCGAACCGGGAAAUCAUUUUGUACCGGUGGUGGAACAUUCCAAAGCUGGUCAUACCAUGAGGAAGCCGGGCGAAGAGGAGCACCCACCUGCCCCCUGCCCCCAUUAUUUUCAUGGGGGGAUAUGUUUUUCACCAUGGGGAUGGGGAGACACACUGAAUGUAAUCAGAACAAUGCACAAGACUUGUGCGCAUCGGUAAAUAACGGUGUCCCCCCCCCCCAUCCGUGGUGGGUGGAUCGCAAGGAAAAGCUGGCCAAACUGGGAAAAGAUGGAAAACUUUCGUCCUUUACAAAACUCCUUGCGCGACAAAACACUUCCUCCCGACACAACACACACCAAAGAGAGAUUAAGCGAGCGCCCUCUGGUGGUGGGUAGUUGAACAGGGGAAAUUAUAAUCUUUCACGACACCAACUGGGGACCUCUUCUUGUGAAAGCACAAACCAUGUUACGAAAAUUUUGCCCAUUUUGUUCCAUGUGCCAUUGGGUCUUUUUUUUAUUUUAUAGCUUUUCUUUUAAUGACCGUAUUUUAAAAUAAAAUGCUCCCUUCCCUGACACAAGCUACACGCGCAGACAAAACCGAAAGGCGUAAUUAGUAAAAUGAAAUCGUAAAACAGACACCGAUGCACAAAAGACGCUUAAAACGCAAACCACCACCAUCAUCACCACCACCGCUAGCCGGAAAAGAAAAGAUUUCGUUUUCGUUUUCCCUAGAAAUAGCUUGCCAUUCGAACAAGACAAACUUCUUCUGCCAACGUCUGUUACCCGUCAGGCCAGUCUAUUUGCAUUCCAAUCAUUUGCACCAGCCCUAGGAGAAACAAUCAUCCUCCGUUGCGCGAGACGAUCCUCUGGCCGAACUAUGAUUAUUAUCAUCUGUUCGUCUGCUACGUUGACUUCUUACUUGAUUGCACUACAAAAAGGCAUACCCGUUCUUGGUACUCCCGGCAAAGUCCAAAAACGCUGCCGAGAAGACACAACCUCACGAAGCUUGUUUUUGGUUUGGUUUGAAAGUUACUCCAGACGGUACAGCUUGCCAGUAGAGAUGAGCAAAAUUGGCAAAACAGGCGGAACAGGUUCCGGACGGUUACGAAAAAAAAAUCGGGAACAGGUCCUAUAGGUAUGGGAAAACGAACUGUCCUUCGGAACUGUCAAAAUCUUUCGGAACAGUCGGAACCAUCGGAAUCGUAGAAACCGUCGGAACCAUCGGAACCGUCGAAAUCGUUGAAAUCGUUGAUACUUUUAAAAUUGUUGGGCCAUCUACCAAAGGUGGGCUCAUUCUCGCUAGUUCUGACCGGCUACGAAUCCGUCUACGGUUCCGAACAGUUCCACUGAUUCCAACGAUUUUAAUGGUUCCGACGGUUCCGAAUAAUUCCAACGAUUCCAACGGCCGAAUCCGGAGUCAAGCCGUAAGUGCAUUCCAAAGAACCCAUCACUACUUGCCAUUAAUCCAUUGUUUAUACUGCUUCUUCUGGCUGGCAAUACAUCCUUCCAUCCACAAUUGAAACACGAUGCAGAAACAUCUCCAUCGUAGAGAGAGAGGGAGAGAGUGAGAAAGAAAAAAGAAAUUUCGGAACUAGGAAAACCCAAACUUCACACAAAACUUUUGUCCUAGUUUUGAACGCAAGCAAGCAAGUGAUGGUAAAAACAAAAACGGAACUGUUGAACUGGUUUCCCAUGGAAAUGAAAAGCAAAAGAAAAGCCGAAAGCCGAACAACCGGAAGUGGAUGUUAAGAAUCUCCCCCUACAUCUAAGCGACGAGCGACCGUAAAAGAUCUCGGUAUGGCGCACCGGCCACCUCCAGCAGCUUCUUUUUACGAGCCCAAAGAGAAACCGCUGGACAAAUGCCGCGCUGCACUGGACAGCGUCAACACCUAUCGAAAGCUGGGAGAAGAUGCGCUGGUUGAUGUUUUGUUUUUCCUUUAGUUUGACCUUUCCGAAGGGACGGUCCUUCCUGUACAGAAUUUCCAACCGAAAAACUGGGGCCCCACCCCAAACAAAAAAAAAAGGCAGAAAGACAGCCGGAGUGAGAGCAUUGACUUGUCGAUGCCUUUCGGAAGCGGAAUGGAGUGUGUGAAACAAACUCGUACGAUAGACGUUUUUCCUAUGCUGCUGUAAAGUUUAGCUCCGGGAAAAAAAGGAGGAAAAAAAAUUGCAACACAUUUGUGAAACGGUUUCCGGAAGACGAAUGCAGAAACAUGGGGACGUAAAAAAAACGGAGAAGUUCGAGUUCGACAGCUUUUUUCCCGCGGAAAAAAAGGAAAAACUCGUUGUACAGUAUAGUGAUAGUGUUUUAAAUUACUGCUGCGUCCCGUUCAGUGAGUUCCGGAUGCUUCUGAAUCGAGUCAAGUACAGACUGCAGCGGAAGUCUGUAUGUGUGUGUGUGUGUUGGGUGUAUGUGUGCGUGUGCGACAGCAGCAACAGUAGUAGUGUUAGUAAGAAGCAAAUAGGAAUUUCGUAACGUACCUGUUUGUAAAUAUUGUUUAACGCGAUGUAAUGUAUUUUUUUAAACAAUUCGUUCCGAACCUAGCGAAACUUUUUUCCCAAAUGAGAAAUUGAAAAAAGGAAAAAUACACACAGACACACAAAUACGUCCUCAUAUCGUUCCGAUGGGAAAGGUUCAUUCAAGUAGAGCCUUCCCCGGUGCUUGUAAUGAAUAUUUUGUACAUGUGCAUAAAGAAAUCAAACACAAAAAACAAAGUUCGGGCAAAAAGGGUCCAGAAAGAGAGAAAGAGAGAAAGGGAGAGAGACAGAGAGAGAGAGGAAGUGAAAGAUAAGUAAAGUAGCAAAUGAGCAAAUAAAACAAACAAAAAUACCCCCAUUCUCAUCAUGGAUGAGCUGGGAAAAUCUAGUUAGUAGUCAAAUGAUCGUCAGGAGGCCAUGAUCGUGGCUGGCUUGGAUUGUUUUUUAUUUCCCAUGUAUGCACCGGGCGAUGUUCCUGGUACCUGGUGCGACGUUACACCAGGUGUAACGUGCGUUAAUUGUGUAGAGCGCUAGUAGCAUAGCAAGUACGAAUGAGAAUAAUCGAACGCCCGGCAGAUGAUUAUUCUAAAACACGCGACUCUUCUGCGGCUAAAACCCCUCCCAAAAAACACACAGCUAACCGUGCUUAUCUCGUUGUAACCCGUAGAACGGAAAAUAUUGUGCGAAAGGGAGAAAAAAUGGACAACCAAUGUAAAUAAAACCUUUCAAAUGCAAUAGAACACUGCUUAACAAAUGUCAAACCACAGCAGCGAACGCGAGCAAACCGAGAACCCUAAGAGGGUUUCCUUUCGUUGCGCUCACUGCUCCCUGGAAAGCGAGCUGAAACCCUCUAUCGUUAUCGAAUUCUAAAUGUGUAUCCAAAAGCAAGACAAAAAUUCCGACUGCGUAAAACCGAAACAGCAAAACUAAUUCCCAACAGCAAAAGGGCAUCCAUUGUUGCUGCUAAAUGUGUGUAAAAGCUUACAAACAAAUCAAAUAAAAAAAGUAAUCAAAAAAGGAUAAGCAAAACCUGUAAAAGUCAAAGGCCAAUAAGUAGAAAUCGAACGUUAAUAUCGAGCAUAAAUAAAUCGAAUCAAAAAAAAAUCUCGCGAGGAAAACCGGGAAAAAUGGGAAGCAAAGCAAAAACAAACAAAAACAAAACUCAACGGAAUCGGAAACGGCUGCCUAGUUUUAGUUCGAUUUGCAAUAAAGAAUCUGUUCGAACAAAGUGUAAACAAACAAA